AAGCAGUGACUCUCGGGAAGAUCAAUAACGAAUUCUUUUAAUAGUUCUGAACACAAUCUAUUAAAAAAAAGUUGUAUUCACGAGUUUGUAGCAGAGACAGGAAAAUGCGUAGAAACAUGCAAGUGGAUUCCUGUCUGAAGGUCAGUUGGCAAAUGCCCAUUCUGGUGGGUACGAAAGAAAGUAGGCUAUUCAUUCUCAUCUCUCAAGAAAAGAGAAAGCAACUCUGAAUUGAUAUUCUUAUUAACAUGGUCUUUAGCACAAAGAUUGUGAGAUUGUGAGGUUGUGAGAGAGAGAGAGUAGAGAGAGAUGGAAGGGAUUGAGCACAGGAUGGUAAGUGUGAAUGGAAUAGAGAUGCAUAUAGCCGAGAAAGGAAAAGGCCCUGUGGUGCUGUUUCUGCACGGUUUUCCUGAACUCUGGUACUCGUGGAGGCACCAGAUCACCGCACUCGCUUCCCAUGGCUACUGGGCUGUGGCUCCUGACCUCCGUGGUUUUGGUGACACCGAUGCCCCACCCUCUCCUAGUAGCUAUACUGCAUUUCACAUCGUGGGCGACCUCAUUGCCCUCAUCGACCUCCUUGGCCAAGAUCAGGUGUUUAUGGUGGCACAUGACUGGGGAGCCGUGAUUGGUUGGCAUUUCUGCUUGUUUCGCCCCGAUCGAGUUAAGGCUCUCGUCUGCCUCAGCGUUCCCUUUACUCCUCGAAACCCAUCAGCUAAGCCCAUCGAUCGAAUGCGAGCUACCCUGGGAGAGGAUUACUAUAUCUGCAGAUUCCAGGAACAUGGAGACAUAGAAGAUGUGUUUUCUCGUUUCGGUACCUCAUAUUUGCUUAGGAGAUUUCUAACAUCACGACGCCCAUCUCCACUUUAUUUGCCUAAAGGCAAAGAAUUUGGAGAUACACCUGACCGUCAAAUUUCCUUGCCUUCUUGGUUGUCAGAAGAGGACAUUAAAUACUAUGCUAGCAAAUUCGACAUAAAAGGCUUCACUGGAGGAUUGAAUUACUAUCGAGCUCUGGAUCUAAACUGGGAGCUAAUGGCACCAUGGACUGGUGUACAAGUAAAAGUUCCAGUCAAGUUUAUUGUAGGUGACCUGGAUUUGACAUACAACACCCCAGGUGCCAAGCAAUAUAUACAUGAUGGUGGCUUUAAGAGAGAUGUGCCAUUUCUGGAGGAUGUGGUUGUGAUGGAAGGAGUGGGUCACUUCAUCAAUGAAGAAAGGCCUGAAGAAAUAUCCACCCAUAUUUUGGAUUUCAUUCAGAGAUUUUAAUGUGCUCUGUCUUCCUCUUCUUGUGCUUUUCUGUGAAUCUAUGAACAUCUAAUGUCACUUUUAAGAGAGAUAUUCCAGUUUUCUCCUCAAAA